GCAAAGCGGUGAACACCCCGCGUCGUCAGAGGCCCUGACACGGAGCCCCGCAACUUUUACCAUCGAUACGUGCUGCGUGCGUGUGCGUGCGUGCGUGCGUGUGCGUGUGGAUAGACAGCGAGCCGCGGCGCGCACGCGCGCUUGUGUUACAUGUCAGUGUAACGCACACGCGCGCGUGUCGACCAUUGAUGUUGUUUUGACACAGGUGACGUAGAGCGUGACGCGCCUUCACGAUGAGAUAAGCGGAUCCACUGCGUGCGUGUGCGUGAGCGCGCGCGUCCCAUUGACGGACGGAGCUGCGCACUUUGACGGUUCCGGUAAAAACAGGCUGAAAGACGCGGGGACGAGCUCACAGUGCGCGUGUCUGUGCGUGUCUGUGCGUGAGUCCAGCACCGGUACACCUGACGUCCACGCAGCGCGAACACGCGCGGGUCAUGAUGAGAGUAACUCCACGUUGACGUUAAAGGUCAUCUGACCAUCUCGUGUCAGAAUGAAGACGUGGAUGGCGGCCUCAGCGUGAUGAUGAAUGAACGGACUGGAACGCGGCCGACGACGCUCAAGCAUUUGGCCUCACUGCCGGUGGCUGACCUUUGACCCCUCAUGGAUUAAAAAUGGCACUUUGGCUGAGGGAAGCGAGACGCCGUACACUCCAGGAACUCUUUGAAUCUAACAGUCGUGUUUGUGUGAAAGAGGAUUACAGCGACUGAAGACAAGAAGAAGAUCUGAGAUGUUCCCACAGAAACACUGACGACUAAACCCAGUUUGGAUCCAGCAUGGAGCAGGAUUUCACACAGCACGCCUGUCAGCUGUCAUAAAUCGUGGAUAGUGAACACACACCAGCCUGACUGAGUCCAAACAGGCGCUGUAAUCUAUUACAUUCCUCAUUGUUGUGAAUGAAGCUCGAAGGUGACGCUUCCCUUCAGCUUUAAACUGACUCCAGGUCAGUGUCUUUGUGCAGCUUCCUUCAAAAAACUACAAAUAUGGCUGCUACAGGAAGAAAGCACCUGGUGCGAGACUUUAACCAUUUCAUCACCUGUUACCUGUGUCGAGGGUACCUGAUUAAACCGACCACGGUCACCGAGUGCCUGCACACCUUCUGUAAGAGCUGCAUCGUGCAGCACUUCGAGGACAGUAAUGACUGUCCUAAAUGUGGCAUUCAGGUCCACGAGACCAACCCGCUGGAGAUGCUCAGGUUGGACAACACCCUGGAGGAGAUCAUUUUCAAGCUGGUGCCCGGCCUCAGAGAAAAAGAGGAACAGCAGGAACUCGAGUUCUGGAAGAAGAACCAGCCCAAAGCAAACGGCCAAGCAGAGAGCCUGAGGUGUCAGAGGCUCGGGCUGCCUGAUGUUGGAGGUGAUGGUGGCGAUGGCGGCGGCGAUGAUGACGGCGACGAUGGCGGCGAUGACGACUAUCACAGGAGUGACCCUCAGAUCGCGAUCUGUCUGGACUGCCUACGCAACACGGGCCAGUCGGGCGAGAGCACCGUCACGGACUUGAUGAAGAGGUUCAUCCGCUGCUCCAGUCGAAUCACCGUGGGAACAAUUAAGAAGUUUCUCAGUCUUAAACUAAAGCUACCGAGCUCUUACGAGCUGGACGUGCUGUGUAACGGAGAGAUCAUGGGCAGAGAUCACACUCUGGAGUUCAUCUACAUGACCCGCUGGAGGCUGCACGGAGAGAAUACGUAUCCCAUGGUCCUCGAGUACCGGCCACGAAUCGACUUUGGCUGAACCACGGCUGCAAGAAGAGGACCACACACACACACACACACCACACACACACACACACACACACACACACAUACACCACACACACACCACACACACACACACAGACACCACACACACAC